UCCUUCCUAUUCUUUUCUUUACCUUGUCUGAGACUCACUCAAAGUUUAAAACUUUAAUUAUAUAAAAUAUUGAAUGUGACAUUGUCAAAAGCCUCUUGUUCUUCAGGGCUGUUGUGGUCACCUUGUCUUCUUCCUCAUUCUCUCUCUCUCUCUCUCUCUCUCUCUCUCUCUCUGACCCCCAAAGAACCAAGCUUUCUUGCUUCUCUUCCACUCUGCUUCUAUCGCACCCAGAUCGUGUCAGACACUGAGCCAACUUGGGUAGCUGCUGAUUUUGGUAAGGGUCUUCAACCUUUGCCUCAGCUGGAAGAAGAUUAAAGAUAAGAGCUUGUGGUGUGUUUUACUUAUUAUUUGGGACCUUGUUAUUGGGUUUUGACUUAUUGAGGUGUUUCUGCUUCUGGGUUUGACUCAGAGAGUGAGAGAGAGAGAGUGUGAUGCAUCAAUUACAAGGCUUGUGCUUGCUUUGAUUAUUGGUUCUGGGAUUGAGUUUAUGGAAAUGGGCGUCUCUGUCUGGGUGUUCAAUUUGGAAUAGGUUGGGUUUGUUUAUUGACUGAAAUAGUUUGCUUGUAUUGGGGGGUAUGGCUGUUUGAUUUAAGGAGUGGAUUGGGUUUUUGGUUUGGAGGAGCCUGCUGGGUUUGAUAAGAUUUGUGUUUGUGGUCAUUUUGUAAGUCAAGUCAUGAUCAAGCAGAUACUUGGUAAGCUUCCAAGGAAGCCCUCGAAAUCAGCUGACAAUCGAGAACUGGGGGGUGCAUCUGCAUCUUCAUUAACUGCUUCAGCCAUUUCAAAAAAGAGUGACUUAGCAAGUGAUAGGCCAAUAAACGCUAACAGCGUACCUAUUCUGGAUCUCGAUGGUGCUUCUCGUUUCGCAAAUCCUGGUGGAAGUAAGCCCCCCCAAGUUGUAAAUUCGAAGCUAAAUGGUAGUUCUGUUACUGCUUCUUAUGAAGCGUUGCCGGCAUUUAGGGAUGUGCCAGGCUCCGAGAAGCAGGUAUUGUUUAUCAAGAAGCUGAACUUGUGUUGUGCUGUGUUUGACUUCACUGACCCAGCAAAGCAUCUGAAGGAAAAAGACAUCAAACGGCAGACAUUGCUUGAGCUGGUGGAUCAUGUUAGUUCUGCGAGUGGAAAGUUUAGUGAAGCUAUCAUUCAAGAGGCUGUAAAGAUGGUCAGUUUGAAUUUGUUCAGGUCACUUGCUCCACAACCCCGUGAGAACAAGGUUUUGGAAUCUUUCGAUAUGGAGGAUGAUGAGCCUUUGAUGGACCCUGCAUGGCCACACUUACAAAUUGUGUAUGAAUUUUUUCUCAGGUUUGUUGCAUCUCCUGAGACAGAUGCAAAGUUGGCUAAGAGGUACAUUGAUCAGUCAUUUGUUCUCAAGUUGUUGGAUCUCUUUGAUUCCGAGGAUCCUAGGGAGAGGGAGUAUCUGAAAACAAUUCUGCAUCGUAUCUAUGGAAAGUUUAUGGUGCAUCGUCCAUUCAUAAGAAAGGGGAUAAACAACAUAUUCUUCCAUUUCAUUUUUGAAACAGAAAAGCAUAAUGGUAUUGCUGAGAUGUUAGAGGUUUUGGGCAGUAUAAUCAAUGGAUUUGCUCUUCCACUAAAAGAAGAGCACAAACUCUUUCUUAUUCGGGCCCUAAUCCCCCUUCACAAACCUAAAUGCUUAUCAAUGUACCAUCAGCAGGUGUCAUAUUGCAUUACUCAGUUUGUAGAGAAAGAUUCCAAACUUACAGAUACCGUUAUAAGAGGCUUGUUAAAGUAUUGGCCAAUCACUAGUAGUUCAAAGGAAGUCAUGUUCCUAAGCGAGCUGGAGGAAAUUUUAGAAGCAACCCAGCCUGCAGAAUUUCAAAGGUGUAUGGUACCCCUCUUCCGCCAAAUAGCUCGCUGCUUAAGCAGUUCACACUUUCAGGUGGCAGAGAGGGCUUUGUUUUUGUGGAACAAUGAACAUAUAGAGAACUUAAUCAAACAAAACCGUAAUGUCAUACUACCCAUUAUUUUUCCUGCUUUGGAGAAGAAUGGCCGAAGCCACUGGAACCAAGCAGUCCACAGCUUGUCACUGAACAUACGCAAAAUCUUCUCUGAUGCUGAUCCUGAGCUAGUUGAGGAGUGUAUGCUCAAAUUUCAGGAAGAUGAAGCAAAAAUGGAGGAGAAUAAGAGAAAACAAGAAACUACCUGGAAGCGCUUAGAAGACAUUGCUGCUUCCAAAGCUGUUUGUGGGAUGUAGCUCCCUGCCUGAACUCAGUCCAAACAUCUUCAAUUCAAUGAUAGAGAGCCAUAUAUUCUUGUAGCAUGCCCGCUGAUACCACUUUUUUAUUGCUGUUUUGGGUGUUUGGGAGGAAGUAUCAUAUGUGGUUCUGUGAUUUGAGAGGUCAAACACCAACUUAUGGGUCCACAAUCUCAUCUGUUCAUCCCCUCUAUUUUUAGACUGGCACCCUCAGCUUCCGGAGACAACAUUGAAGUUUGUGAUUUUGGAGUUGCACAGAUACCAUAUGCAAGAUAAAACAGAAGCUGCAUUACACAUUCAGGAUGGUGAACAUAGUGCUAUAGUUGAUGGUUAUAAAGGUUAACAUGAAGAAGCCACUAAAUAUAGGUAAUUCUAUUUUAUUCACUUGGAAUUUUUGUUUCAUCGGUUCAAAGUAUUUGUUGAAAAUGUUUAGUGUGCCAUUUCAUUAUGCAUAUGUACUAUAAAAACUCUUUUUGGUUAGAAACAAUCCACUUUGUGUGUGAUUUUCUUUUUAUACACAUACUAUUUAUCCA